UUAGUAAAAAUUGUUAGUAUUAAGAAUAUUUGUAAAUAAAAAGAUAACCACUAAAAAGAAAUCGAUCAGAGUUAAUAGGCAAAAAAACUAAAUAAUAAAGGAAGAUAAAUUCAAUAUUAGUUUAUAUAAUUUUUUUAAGCUUAAUUAUAUAUAAAAGUACACUAUAAAACUCUUGAUAACCUUACAAUUAGUUAAGUUAUUCAAAAAUUCUUAAAAGAAUAAGAUAUGGCAUCUACAAUAGAGGCUCAGGCAUUUCAAUUUGAAAUGAGACCUGAGACAUCAAAAUGCUAGCGAGGUGCUCAGAAUAAAUUCAACAAAACUCUAACAGGUUUUCAUAGUAAUAAUAAUGAGAGUUAGAGUUAAUAAACUUAAGGAUAUCAAAAUGCAAUGGGGUAUAAUGAUAAUUUGAUGCAAUAAAAGGGAAUGAUGAAUAUAACAGGCUUUAACUUCAGAUAAAAUAAGCAUCAAGAUUAAAAAAAUAGUGAAUAAAAUUAUCAAUAAAAAACACCGAAGUAGUCCAUUGUUAUUUAGCAAAAUUAAUAAUUUAGUUCAACGUCUUAAGGAUUUUACUAAAAUAAGCGCUAAAAUUCGUUUUCUAAGGGAAUAACUUUAGAAUAAUACUUCUAAAAUGCUAAAGAUUAUGAACAAGUACCAUAAGAAGAGGGAAAUGGUUAAGGAAAUUAAUUAGUAAAUUAAAAAGUUACUGAUGGCAAUAAUGCACCAUCACGCAGUAAAUUCCCUUAGUCUUUCUAGCUGAGCGAUAUAAAAAUAAUAGAUGAUGAUUUGCAAGAUAAAAAUAAUUUAAGAUAGAAGUCUGAAAAAUUUGAAAGCUAGGUAAACAAAAGGAAUAGCCAAUCUAAUUUCGAUAAAAAAAACUUAGAAUAUAAUGAAAAUAUGGUAGAAGAGGAAUAUGAUACUGAUGAAUUUGAAAUUCAUGAGGAGAGUGAUGAAGAGGAGGAAGAAGAUGAUGAAGAAAACAAAAAAAGAAAGAAAAAGAGAUUAGCAGGAUAAAUGAAUUUAUCAUCUUCAAAAAAGUAGGUAAAAAAAGAAGGCGAGAGUAAGAAUAGCAGAGCUAAUCCUAAAAGUCCUUAGCUAUCAGGAGAAAAAUAAUAGAAGUAGGAAGUAAGUAGUUUAUAAAAUGAGAAUUAAGAUCCUUCCAGUGCUGUGGAUGAUUUUGAGGAUUACGAUACUAACGACAAUAAAAAUUAAAGAAAAGUGCUAAAAUAAAAAUACUCAUUAAAACCAGAAGAAUAAAAUAAGUCAUAAAAAGAAAAUGAUCUUAAUUAAUAAAAUAAAUCUGCAUAAAAACUUGGGAGUUCAGAGAAUAUUAAAAUAUCUAUUUCAAAUGAAGAUCAAAUAUAAAAAAAGAUUCGUGAUAAAUAUUUUAAGAAAACAUUGCACAAGCCAUUUGUCACUUAAUAAAUUGUUUAAAAUAGUCAAUCCAGCAAAAAAACUAACACUUCUAAUCCUCAUUCAAUAUAAAAUACAUCUAUUGCUUCAACUGUUGGCAGUAGUAAUUCUACAUCUAACAAUAAUUCACUUCUUUUCUCUAACUAGUAAAUUAACUAAAAUUAAAGUUAAAUUGUAGGUACUUAGAAUAACAUAAAAGUUAAUUCGCCUGCAAAUUAAGGAGGAUAGCUUCAGACAAAUGCAAAUUUUAUAUCUAAUAACAUAAACGCAAAUGGGAAUAAUCCUAAUAAUUAGUAAUAAGGAGGUUACAAUUGUAUUUCAAACAUGAGUUCUAUUCAUACAAAAAUAACUGCAUAAUAUCAGCCUUCAUCUACUGGUCACAAUUUUUAUUCUUAAAACCAUUAAAAUAUAAACGGAAAUAAUGGAUUACCACCAAGCUGUAACAACAAUAGUCCGAAUACGUAUUUAUAUGCUGCAGCAAAUACUACAAACAGAAAGGCCAAUAGAAGCCAAAGUCCACUUCAUACUUUUAAAAGACAAUCUAACUUAGGACACUCUCAGCAGAGAAGACUCUCCAAAGAGAUAGCUGAGCCUAACUCUCCAUCAGAGGAAAAUCCAAUAAUGAGAACAACGUUCAAUAAUACCACAAAAAAAUUUAAGAUUCAAUAACCUAACAAUAAUAAUAUUUUAAAUAACUAUGAUGCAGCUAACGGUGCAUCAUCUUUUGAAAAUCACAUAGCAUUUAGAAAUAGUUUCUAUAAUAAAGGACCUCCUUUGAAUUCUCUACCUAACAGUAACUAUAUAAGUGCAGCUAAUAGUCAAAAUAACAACAAUAACUCAAAGCAAAGACUUACAAUAAAUGAUUUUUAUAAAAAUUAAAGUAAAUAUGAUUGCUAUGAUCAGCCUAUAAGAAAUGGAGGAUUUAACAGUUAGAAUAGUGGAGAUUAUUUAGCAGAUGUUAUGAUGAUGCGCAGAACUGCAAAAGAAAAUAAGUUUUUAAAUUAAAAAGAUAAAAUUUAAGAAAUGGUAAAAGAGGACGUGAAUUAUAUUACAAAGCAUGCAGCAAGGUUUAACAUCAAUCCAAGUGAACUUGUAUAAAUUAAGCAAAAGAAUUGA